CCGGACUGCUAUACGGCUGGACACUUCCUGGUUUGCGUCAGACGCCAUCUUCAAAGGAACGCUAGCAUCUUUCUCAAUUUGCUGUUCAGAGACGCAAUCCGCAAGGGAACGCUACGCAUCAUCUUCAUUUUGCUGUUCUGCCUGCAUUUCAAUUCAGAAGCAGUCUCUUUGACGUGAGGAUGUGUGUAACCACGCUGAGCAGCAUCAGGAAGAUGGUCAUUGACAUCACGAUCACAUAGUGGCUAAUGCUGUGUGAGAGACGCUGCCACUGUCCCGCACCAGGAAGAAAAAGUGCUAAAAAGAGAGUAAAAUAAAACCAUACGUGAGGUUUAACUAUGAGGUAAGUCAAUGAAAAGAUGAAUAAUACGGGUGUUACCAAAGCCAUCACGUCAGAUAUAACCAGGACAAUGAGGAAUAAGCUGUAAAUGGAGAAAUAAGUAUUACAAUUUAUUUAUUUUUAUUUAUGGUUAACUAAAACCAUCCUAAAAUGAAUGAAGUUACCUUCUCGAUGAGAGCUGCGUUGUAACUUGGAUAGUCUCAAACGUGCACGUCACGAUUAUGAAUGGAAUAAUGACCUGGAAAAGUAAAAUGGACGACAUAUCAAACUAAAAAAGAUGUGAUCAAACAUCAUAAAUACAAGUCCUUUACAUUUAUUUGAUCAUAUUUACAUUACAUACCAUGAAAACAUACCAUGAAAGGGUUUCAAUAACUUAAAUGCUAAUAAUGCUAACAUUAGCAUGCUAACACCGAGCAUAAUAGUGGUAAGUGCCUACCUCUGAAAAUGUUAGUAUAAUUAUGUUAACAUACAAACACCUAACGUCACAAAAAAUGCUAAUAUGCUCAUGUUAGCAACGUGAAAUGCAUAAAACAUGCUAAUAUGCUCAUGUUAGCAUGACAGCAAUGGUAACAUUCUAACAUCUAACAAUAAUAUCUACCUCUAUAAACAGCUAACAACGCUACAAUGCUAAUGUUUACAUGCUAGCAAUGCUAAAAUGCUACUGUUGGCAUGCUAACACCUAGCAUAAUAGUGCUAAGUGCCGACCUCUUAAAUGUUAGUAUAAUUAUGUUAAUGUACUAACACCUAACGUCACAAAAAAUGCUAAUAUGCUCAUGUUAGCAAUUUGAAAUGCACAAAAAAUGCUAAUAUGCUCAUGUUAGCAUGAUAGCAAUGGAAACAUGCUAACACCUAACAUAAUAACAUCUACCUAUAUAAACAGCUAACAAUGCUACUAUGCUAUGUUUACAUGCUAGCAAUGCUAAAAUGCUACUGUUGGCAUGCCAAUACUUAGCAUGAUCGUGCUAAGUUUAUUUAAGUGUCUACCCAUGAAAAAACGGCUAAAAAUGCAACUAUGCUAAUGCUAGCAAUGCUAACAUGCUAAUGUUAGCAUACAAACACCGAGCAUGAUAAUAGUGUUUAUACUGUGUAUUUGUGUACCUAUAAUAUAUUAAAAUGCUACUAUGCUAAUGUUAGCAUGUAUUAGCAUGUCAACACAGGCUACCAACUAGCCUGCUAGUUUGCUAACAUGCUAAGACUGAACAUGAUAGUGGUGUUUAUAUACAUAUGUGUCUACCCAUGAAUAUAGCAAUAAUUGCAAGUAUGCUCACGUUAGCUAGCAAUGCUAACAUGUAGCAUGAUAACAUAAUGUACUGGGGCAAAUUUUUUUUUGUGGCGUUAUAUGCACAAAUCAUUAUGCUUACCUUCCACAUCAAUAACCCUCCCAUGAUGAAGGGGUUGAAGACCGUCAGGAAGCAAUAAACAGACGCAGGGUCAAAACUGGAAGAAAAGAAGAAAAUACUCAAAGAAGGUAAGAUACAUAAAACAAAUUGACAAUAAGCAUAUUUCAACAAAAGUAGUUUUCAUUAUUUAUAAAUUUAAUAUUUUCAUAGGUACAGGAUAGCAUUAUUAAACAUUAUUAGAGCCCUCCAGACAUGAAACAACACCCCUAUAGUGACCUUUACACUCAUAUUACCCAUUAUAAUAAACAUAAUAAGAGAAAAUAAGACAACAGUAGCCUCGUAGUCGGGAUCUGGUGCUUGUGCGUCUCAUUGAACAUCACAGUAACAUUACUGACACCGACGGGCCAGUGUAGAAUACUACAUAUCGUGUAUUUGAAUGCAUCUUCUGAAUGCUUUGAGACAUUUUUAUGCUUGAAAAUGUUUUUAUUAAAAAUAAAAAACAUACCUGUUGAUGGAUGCAAUGUUCCCAGUGCCAAAGAAAGCGGUUAUUAUAAAAAAAACCUAAGUGACAUAUGCAGUCAAGGAUAAAAACAUGGCAGUUUCUGUUGCAUCACUUGAAAUCACUUGAAGGAUACAAAGAAAUAGGAACGCCGGAUGUCGUCCAGCUUGAGCUGGCGAAUUUUGGAGAUGUCAAUGUUGGCAGAGAAAUCAAUCGUGGAGAGCUGCAAGACAAAAGUCACUUGUCAAGAAAAAAAACUAGUCAAUUGUCAAAUUUAAACCCAGACUUGACGUCAUCAACGGAUAUUGGCGAAUAUUCCAAGUAUUUGUACCUCUUGUCUUCCUGAAAAGCCCUCAGCGAUCAUGGCUUCCUGUUCAAUGUUGAUCCACACAAACAUCAACCAGGAUAACACCGGUGGGAACAAGGCCUCCGACCUGGGGCACAAAUUGUGGAAAUUUUGCCGUUUCACCUUGCAGAACACUGUAGUGUAGGGGGUGUCCAAUGUGUGGCUCAGGGGCCAUUUGGGCACCAAACUUUUUUUUUAAUUGGCUUGCAGCACUUAACAAGAAAAUCAACCCCCCCCCAAAAAAGUAAUUUUACAAGAAUAAAGUUGUAUUAUUAUGAGGAAAAUUAAUGUCAUUUUAGUAACAAAGUUGUUGAAGUAGUUUUUUUUUUACUAAAAGUGGUAAAAUUAUGAGAAACAAAACAAAAUAAACAUGUUAUUUAUGAAUAAACUCAAAAUAUUAUGAGAAUGAAGUCGUAAUUUUACAAAAAAAUUAAUUUACCAGAAAAAAAAACUAAUGGACUAACUCCAAGCGCGAAGGCAAAAUAUUAAGAGAAAAAUAUUGUAUAUCAACAAGAAAAAAAGUGGCAAUUUUACACAAAUAAACUCUAACUAUAACACUCAUAUGAUAUGUGCAAAAAUAAUGUCAUAUUAGUAGCAAAAAUUAUCCUUUCAGCUGCAAUAUUACGAGAAAAAAAUGUACAAGAAGAAAUGGUAAAAAACAUAAAAACGACGUAUAAUAAAAAUAAUUAUAAUAAAAAAUAUCAGACUAUUAAGAAAAAGAGGCAUACUCCAAUGAGAAAAAAAUUUGCAAUUUCAUAAGAAUAAACAUGUAAUAUUAUGACAAAAUAUAAGGUCAUUUUACUAGCAUAGAGUAGAAAUAUUAAAUAAAAUUUUUUUUAAGCUGAAACAAAACAUGACGUAAUUUAUGGGAAGUUAGAUCAAGGGAAAAACAAUCAUAUUGAAUAAUAUAGGAAUAAAGUACAAAUAUUCAGAGAAAAUCAAAUUUUACCAAAACAAAGUCGUAAUAUGUGGAAAAAUUAUGUAAUUUUAGGAGCAUAGAGUUGAAAUAUUUUUAUUUUUUUUAAAGGGGGUAAAAAAAUCUGCUUAUUGACCUGUGUGACAAAACUGAGAUGCUUUCAUGUAUCAUGCCAUCUUACCCUGUGCUAAGCAGCAGAUAGGUGGCUGUUAGCGAGAGCAAUAUGCUGAGAAGCCGGUGGAAUAGACGUGUAGAGCUCAUCAGUGGAACAAGUAUGGAAGACGCUGAAGAAAAAAAGAGCUGGUGAACGUCUUCUUUAAAAAAAAAAAGCAGUUUCACACAAGCUAAACACAAGCUAGAUGUCGCCUACCAAACGUGGCCCAGCUGAUGAUCUGGUUGAGAAGAGGCAGACCCUGUUUCUGCUGCAGGCUGGAGUGCGUGGAGGACGGCACCUGACCUGGAUGAUGAACUGCUGUUUAUCACUUGGGUGAAGCGGGGUCCUGUUGUGUGACGGCCAGAGGAAACAGGAUGAUGUGAAGAGAGUGAGGAGGCCAGCACAUGUCCUGGGAAGGCAUCAGAGGGAAUGCGGCCAAACACAAGCAGCCCAGAAACCAGCUCAAUGAUCGGAACUGAAGUAGCGAUAAAAAGUAGAGCGAUAAUAGAUGUGCACGAGUGCUACCUUUUGCAAACAUGGGCAGGAUAUCAGGGCUUCCCCAGGACCAACAACGGCACUAACGUCCUCAUAGAAGCCAGCAAUGAGCGCAACAUGGCCAGGGCGGGACUCUGUAGGAACACGCGUGUGGGAGACACCCCAGGUAUUCUACGAACCUCAAGUAAGGAGCUCUGGAUGAGCCGUUCGGGAGCAGAGCGAAGAGGCUGUCCGCUCUCAAACCGUCGGCCACGAUGAGCACCAGCCUGGAAGCAGGUGGUGUCAAAAGCGUGGCCAUGGGAGUCAUGCCAUGGACUAAAGGAGACGUGAAGUAGAUGUCAAAAAUGGACAGGAAGAAGAUGACAUGGACUGUCAGUCCCACCAGAAAAAAGGUGAUCAUCUUCAUUUUGGGGGGUCCGUCAACACCACAUGGAGUCUGAAAUACAAGGAAAAAUAAUUUAUAUCACUACCUUUUAUUAAUUUUGACUCUUCAAGAGCACAAUGAUACAUAUAUCUAUAUAGAUGUUGCAUUUUAAUACAAAUGUUCCUUGUUAUAGUCAUGUUUAAACACACUACAAGCAUUAUACUCCACCCACUUCCUGUUUUGAGCAUGUAAGCCACACCCGACAUAACAUACAAGCACACUGAUUUCAUUGGUGUCAGCUAAUGAUAGCAAUGUGACCAAGUUUAGCCACUAAUGUUAGCUAUUAUUGAGUGUUUUGCCUAACAACAGCAUGACUGCAAAUUGCUGAUUGGCUCUCUGGGACUGAUUUUGUGUGUGUGCACGAGCUACAAACACGAGACACUUUGUCAUGGAGUUUAAUAAUAGUUGUGAAAAAUGUAGACAUUUUUUGGAUAAACUAUUAUUUUAAACCACUGUUACUAACAUAUAGUGUCCGCAUACAGUACCUUUAAGCGCAUGUUUACAUGACGGCCAUAGAAAAUAGUAACUCAUUAAGUCUUACCUGUGUUCAACUUCAUAAAUCCGAAUGAAUGGGGAGGCACUCGGGAAAACAGUUCGUCGCUCUUAUUUUGGUUACAUUUUAUGUUUGUAAAUAGCCAAACAACGUAUAUUCACAGAGAAACACUCCAGGUUACAAGACACCCUCGGUCUGAUCCCUAAAUACGUGCUUUUACGAAAACCAUCUGUCCUACUUAAUAAGAUUACUGUAGUCCCCUCACUUCCUUGUUGUGACUCGUUGAUACCCAGUGGGAUUGUGGGUAGUUGUAGGAAAUCUGACCAAUCACAGCUGGAUGGACCACUCACAAAGAUCUUCUAGAGAAGAGAGAUGAGUCGAAUGCCUGCUAAACGGGAUGAAAUCAACUUCCGGAUUCAUAAAUGGGCGCGGUUUGCACUUGCUGUAACAUUGACAUUAAAAUAGACUAAGCGAAAUAAUGUAUUUUUUUAAAUAAGAGGAAUGACAGAUAAUUUUUUAACAACUAUUUUCACAUCACCUGAUGUGUGAGUAUCAGUAGUCUACGUCAAGGAAAUCGGAACCAAUAUCACGUGACAUGAGACAGCCAAUAAGAAUGAACGCGAGAUUCCUCUCCCAGCUAGCUUGUCAUCCAUUCAGGAAGCAGGUCUCAUUAGCUUAGCCUAGAUAGCUACAGCCUCCUUUAGUGCAAAUAUGGCGUCGGUGAACCCAUUUAAUCUUAGUGAUUCCGAGGAGGAGAGUGAACGGCGACCCAACGAGACAGUUGACACAGAGCGCAGCCCGAGUGACGGGGCUCCAGGACCACCGCCGGGAAACCCAUUCUCUCCGUCCGCGGACGCCGAGCCUCCGACGCUGUUGCUGUCCAGCGUCAACCGAACGAGCCCAAACGGGGAGGGCAUCUCUUCCGCGGCUACCUCAGCUGUAGCAGGCGGUGCCGAGACACGGGUGUCUGUGGAUGUCAUUGCCGCUCAGCUAUUGCGCGAUCAGUACAUCCUCACGGCCUUGGAGUUCCACACGGAGCUCCUGGAGGCGGGCAGGGAGCUCCCACGGCUGAGGGAUUAUUUCUCCAACCCGGGGAACUUCGAGAGACAGAGCGGCACGCCACCUGCCAAAGAUCAGGGAAUCGGACCGGGUGGACCAUUGAAUCGAGCAGGCAGCAUCAGCACCUUGGACUCUCUGGAUUUCGCCCGUUACUCAGACGAUGGCAAUCGAGAGUCAGAUGAACGGGUGGCCGUGCUGGAGUUUGAGCUACGGAAAGCAAAGGAGACCAUUCAGGCUCUGCGCGCCAACUUGACUCAGGCAGCAGAAAGCGAAGUGCCCUCUCAGGAGAGAAAGAACUUCAAGUCAAGCCCUGAAAUUCAGGAGCCGAUACGCCCACUGGAGAAAAGAGCCUUAAACUUCCUUGUGAAUGAGUAUUUGUUAAAAAAUGAAUAUAAGCUCUCAUCUAUCACCUUCUCAGAUGAAAAUGAUGAUCAGGAUUUUGAGCUGUGGGAUGACGUCGGCCUCAACAUUCCGAAACCCCCUGACCUUUUGCAACUCUACCGGAAUUGCGGUACCCCUCUUCCUUCGGCGAGGGACACGGUUGACGUCGCUGUGGAGGCAGAUUUUGGCGAUGUCCCCGCCGGACACUGUGCCGCACCGGAUGCCCUCAAGAAGCCUGACCUCUCGCAACAGCAACAAGCGGAGGUGGUCCAAGAGUUGGAGUACCAGAUCAGCCUCCUGAACAACGAGAAGCAGAGUCUCGCCGAUCAGAUGAAGAAACUUCAGAGUGAGAUUCAGACCUUGAAGCAGACCGUCUCCUCCCCCGCUCCAACCCCUCUGGACCGGAGCUCCCAGAAUACAUCCAAUCCCGCAUCCUCUUCUGCCACCAUCACUUCCUCGACUGAACCGCCUUCUGCGACUCUGGCAGAUAAUGGACAGUACCUGGACAUCCGAGGGGUUUCAGACCCUGGGAGUGACCCUCCUUCUACGCAAAACACACCACCGGCCCACAAUAAGCUUAAAAGUCGGCCUCCUGUCCAGUUUGAUCAGCCAAACAGGAAGUUAUCCCCGGCCUUCCAGCAAGCCCUGUUGUCCUUCUGCAGAAUGUGCUCAGACAGCCGUCUAGGAGCGGAGGUGUCUCGUAUAGCAGACAGCGAGGAGAGUGUGAUGUUAAUGCUGGGUCGCUGCCUUCCUCACAUCGUCCCGAAUGUCCUUCUUGCAAAACGAGAGAGAAUGGUUGCACAUCUUUGCCAGGAGCUGAUUCCUCUUAUCCUGUGCACCGCCUGCCUUCACCCGGAGUCCAAAGAGAGAGACCAGCUUCUUCACAUUCUCUUUAACUUAAUCAAGAGACCGGAUGAUGAGCAGAGACAAAUGAUCUUGACGGGAUGUGUUGCAUUCGCGAGACACGUCGGGCCCACGCGUGUCGAGGCAGAGCUGCUUCCUCAGUGCUGGGAACAGAUUAACCACAAAUAUCCAGAGAGGAGACUCCUUGUGGCCGAGUCUUGCGGCGCUUUAGCACCAUACCUGCCAAAGGAAAUUCGCAGUUCGCUAGUGUUGUCCAUGCUACAGCAGAUGCUCGCUGAGGACAAGGCUGACAUGGUCCGAGAGGCAGUAGUCAAGAGUCUUGGGAUUAUUAUGGGUUACAUAGAUGACGCUGACAAGUACUCGCAGGGAUUUGAACUGAUGCUACUGUCACUUAGCGACCCCUCGGAGAGGGUGGUCAGCGCCGUCCACCAGGUCUUCAUCCCGGCAUUCGCCGCCUGGACGACAGAAUUGGGAAGCCUCUACACUUUGCUCAUCCCGUCUCUCUUGGCCCGUAUCGAGAAACUCCUCAAGCAGGGGGAGCAUGGCCUGGAUGAACACAAGUUGCAUGUAUUCCUGUCAGCCUUGCAGAGUUUCAUCCCUCCUCUGUUUGCCGUGGUGCUGCAGAAUGCACCCUUCACCAGCCGAGCCAAACUCCACGGGGACAUACCUGCAAUAGAGGUAACCCGGUUCCCGAGGCCAGCUUCUUCCCUCCAGGAUGUGGCAACCAUCAUUGGCAGCAGGGAGAUGCUAAGCGCUCUGCUUCUUCUCUAUGACCACCAGCUGGAGCAUGAAGGCACCACCGGUUGGGAAAGCCUUCUCUGGGUGGUCAACCAACUGCUUCCUCAGCUUAUCGAGAUUGUGGGUCGCAUCAACGUCACGUCGUCAACAUGUGUUCACGAGUUUUCCCGCUUCUUUUGGAGGUUCUGUCGGACAUUCGGGAAGAUUUUCACCAACACUAAGGUCAAACCGCAAUUCCAAGAGAUUCUUCGCCUGUCUGAAGAGAAUGUCGAUGCUUCAGCCGGGAAUGGUAUUCUUACCAAAGCCACUGUUCCCAUUUACGCAACUGGAGUACUCACUUGUUACAACCAGGAGGAGGAUCGUAAGUUGUUAGUGGGUUUCUUGGAGGACGUUAUGACAACCCUGUCUUUGUCCCACGCACCUCUCGACAGCCUGAAAGCUUCUUUUGUAGAACUGGGUGCCAAUCCAGUGUACCAUGAAUUACUGCUGACUGUCCUGUGGUACGGCGUGGUGCACACCUCGGCAUUGGUCCGAUGUACCUCAGCGCGGAUGUUUGAGUCGAUUCUCCGAGGCAUGAGCGAAGCAUUAGUAGAUCGCCGGGCGGCCCCGGCGCUUAUAACACUGUGCAAUGGGCCUGAAUUCUCUGUGAGGAUAUCUACUAUUCCUGCUUUUGGAACCAUAAUGGAGACCGUGACGCAGAAAGAAUUGCUUGAACGUGUCAAGAUGCAGUUAGCGUCCUUUCUGGAGGACCCUCAGUAUCAAGACCAGCACUCGUUGCACAUGGAGAUCAUCAGGACAUUCGGACGAGUCGGCCCCAACGCGGAGCCUCGCUUUCGAGACGACUUCGUACUGCCGCAUUUGCACAAACUGGCGCUGGCUAACAACAGCCAGGCGACGGAGACCAAGAGAAUCGACAUCGCCACCCAGCUGUUCGAGGCCUACAGCGCUCUGUCCUGCUGCUUCAUUUCGGAGGAGGUGAUGAUCAACCACUUCCUGCCUGGUCUCAGGUGUCUGCGUGCCGACAUGGAGCAGCUUUCCCCGGAACAUGAGGUGAUUCUGAGCUCUAUGGUGAAAGAGUGUGAGAUCAAGGUGGAAAACCGCGGAAUGGGAGACGCACAAGGGUCCAUUGCAUCCAGUUUGGUGGGCGAGGACGCCAAGACCAAGUUCCUGAGCAAGAUGGGUCAGCUGACUACAUCGGGCGCCAUGCUGGCCAACGUCUUCCAGAGGAAGAAGUGAAGAAAACGUGAAUAUGAAGACUGUCGGCGGAGCUCCCAAGUAGAUGACAAAUCAAAUGUGACAUGAAUUUUAAAAGAGAUUUUUUUUUUUUUUUUUUUUGCAGCUUCAUCAAGGACAAUUUUUUUUUUAAUUUUUUUUUUUUUUUGUAUUUUUUUUUUAAAUAAUCACUCAGUGUUUGUUUGACUUCAUUUACAAAAGGAGCGUGACAAGAGGAAGAAAGUGACCAGUAUUGACACUCGGAGUGCCCGGAGUCAUGGCAGGUGACUGGACGCCUUUUUCGGGACAUUCAGGACUUGAAGGUAUCACUGGAAAAAAAGGUGUUCUACCCGCUGGAGGUUUUUUUUUUAUGUUAUUUUGGAGCAAACACUGCGAUCUUUAUAACACGUCGGAGUAAAAAUGACACUGAAAGUGUACAGUGACUGUAUGUGUGUGUGUGUGUGUGUGUGUGUGGUACCGAAACAUCGCCUACUUGAAGUUCUAAAUCGUCUUGCCUUUUUUUUUUUUUCCUCCGAAAGUCUGUCUCUGCGCUCUGUUUUGAUAGCGUUUUGAUAACUUAUUUAUGUCUUAAUGAAGGAUACACUUUAUUUCUCACUUCCAAAGAAAUUUGCACUUCAUUUUCUUUAAUUAUAAUGCACAUAAAUAAUCACUACUGUUAUGUUUUUCUGUCCAGAUAUCAUACCUUUUUCCUUUCUUUUUCUAUGUGGACAUCAGAGGUAAGGUGAGAUAUAUAAAAAAAAAAGCUUAUCAUACACUGACUACAGUGAGUGGAUGGUACUCGUGUAUAUUUGGAAUCUGUGUCAUGGUGUAAUAAAAGAUCAUUUGUGUAUUUAAAAAAAAAAAAAAAAAAAAAACGUUUUAUGGUUCAAAAGUGUCGACAGGUGCCAAAGGCUGUAAAACAAAAGGCAUUUGACAGACAAACACUCUCCACGUAGCACCCCCCCCCCCCCCCCCCCCAUCAAGCAACACUUUGAUGUUCUCUAAUGUCUGCGUGCAACAAACCAAAGUCCAAUUUAUGGGGCAUUCCCAACCGUUUCCUGCAGAAAAAUUCCCAGAUUCAGCAUGGAUGGAGCUGUGUCCGGUAUUUGCAUGAACAAUUUUUAUUAAAAAUAUUUUUUUCUUAGCUGAAAUUUGAUAAUGCAUGCAUUAAAAUUGCAAUUCAAGGCAGGACGGGGGAGCCCAGGAGCAAAUAUUAUGCAUUGUUAUGGAUUUAUAUAUUAGAAAAAGUAACAGUAACAUUAGUGCAACUGUAGGAAAUUGCACAAAAACAAUUUUGAAUGAUUGUAAAGACACUUAAAUGAUAAAUAAAAGGGAUAAAUAAACAUUUAAUUGAUGACGUGACUGCUCCCAAAGACACAAUGUGGCAGCGAGAUCACCACCUUCCUGUUUUGCCAUGAGUUAUUUCUUGAAUUCAAUAGUGUUUUUGACGUCAAUAACACAACAUGGAGCCAAACCAAUAUUUUGUGACAAAACAGGUGUUGAAGGUGUUGAUCUCACUGCCACAUUGUGUCUUUGGCAGCAGUCACAUCUUCAAUGGAGGUAAAAAUGUUAAUUUAUCCAAGUUUUAUGCAAAUAUAACUAUAAUGUAGUAUAAAAAUGUGUUUUAUAUGAAAAUUUUUGUGAGGCAACAUGAAUUUUUGUUAGCAAGGAUGUUUUGUGAUUAAAAAGUUGUGCGCUAAUCAGAAACAAUGUACGUAAACAAAGCAAAAUAUCGGCGAAAAACAUGCUAACCGAGGUUUGACUGUAUGUAGAAACAUUAGCAUCUGCAAUUCAGUUAUACAAAAAAUAUACUUAAUAACUCAGGGGUGUCAAAAGUGCGGCCCGGGGACCAUAUUUGGCCCUGCAGUUCCUUUUUUAUUGCCGCUGGGUAUAUUGUAAAAAUAAAAAUAAUGUAAAGAAUUAACUAAUUUGUUAUAUUGAAACAGAUAGAUAAUAAAUAAUAAUGUGGAGAAUAAAUAGAUGACAUCAAAUAUGAACAAUGUACAGCAUAAACAGUAAUUUGUACAAAUAAUUUAAAUAAUUUAGAAUAAAUAAUAAGUUGGUUUUAAAAGUUUUUAAAGCCCAAACUGUAUCAAAGUGGACCCUUGGCACGGAUUGCAGAAAAAAAAUGUAAAAAAUAUAGAAUAAAAAAUAUAGAAACAAAUUUAAAAAUACAGAAAAAAAUUAAAAAUAUCGAAGAAAAAUUUUUAAAAAAUAUAAAAAAAAAAAUUAAAAAAUAUAGAAAAAAAAUAAAAUAUAGAAAAAAUAAAAAACAGAAAAAAAAUAAAGAAAAAUUUUAAAAAUAUAAAAAAAUAUAUCGAAUUUUUUUUUAGCACAUUUCAACAUGCGUUUAAGAAUUUUUGUUGGAAAAACAAACUUACCAGUUGAUUAUGUUAACUUUCUGCCACUGAUAGAGCUCAAUGCUAACGUAAUGCAUGAUCUACAGCAUUUUAUUCAACAACAGUUAAAAAAAAAGAUAAGUAUACCAUCAAAAAGAACAGUUGAUCUUUAUGCAGGGUAACCACCCGCCAGUGAUAUCGCAUCAUUUGCAUAUUCAGGCUAAUUUUCAACCCACCUCCCUGAUAACUCUGCAGGUGAACAAAUAAUUGAUAUGGACCUAUAGCGAAGGGCGUGCACGGUGCCUUUUUAUGCGUUCCGCUACACGGCUCUCAUUCCUGCGCUCUUCGUUUGAUUGUUUGUUGACUCGUGUCAAGCAUGCCAGAAGAGGCGUGUCUGUGCAAGUACGCGCACACAUUUAGCUUUACUUUAGUGGCGUUCUGUCGGCACUUCUUACUCACAUUGAGUGACUGGAGUGAGUCAGUGGUCACAUCUGUUUCCUAAAUGAGGAAAAACGCUCAGUUUUCGUCAGCAGAAGCAUUCUUAGUAGUUUUUUGCAGUAUUUCUAUCAACUUUGACUAGCUCAAAUGUAGUGCCAAAACUAACAUGCUUACAGAGCUAAAAAAAAGAGUACUCUUUGUUUUGAAGUGAGGUGCUCGUUAAAAACAGCAUGAUGUCCGCUUACGGCAAAUCCAGCAUCGAGCUGCUUUAUUAUGUGAGUAUCUGUUGCGUUCAGAGUCAAUGUGGAGUUUAGGUUUGUUCAUAUGUGGAGCUUAAUUGCUACUGUGUAAACUGCAGAGGGGCCCCACCACAAAAUAGCUUUGUCAGCAUGUUUUUUUUUUUUUUUAUGGGAAAAAUAUGUGUUGUGCUGCAAGCCGUCACCGUCAUCUGCUAUGUUUGUAGCCUUUUUGUACUACGACACCUUUAACACGUAUAUAUUGUAUAUUGUUGUGUUGUGUUGAUGCAGUAUAGUUGUGCUUUUGGUGGUUUCUAACAUUUGCAUAACUGUCAUAUUGGCAGUGUAAUAACAUGUUAUGCAAAUGUAGCGGGUGGUAUAAUUAAGUGCACCGAAAUUACAUUUAUACGAGGACCAGAAUGUUUAUCAGAAUGGUGGACUACAGGGGGUGGGGGAUUUUUUUUUUUUUUAAUUCCAAUGUAAAUUCCAUGUAAAAAAAAAAUUCCGGCUUUUUCCUGAUUACGGAUUAUUCAUUCAUUCAUUUUCUUUUUUUUUUCUUUUUUUUUUCUCGAUUUUUUCUUCUUUUUAGCUUAGUGCCUUCUAUUUAUAUUCCAGUACUUUCAGCCAUUUUUAUGCAUGACAAUACUUGAGAUUAGAAAUCUGUAAAAUUUGGCUAAUUUGUGACUAAUAAUAACCACGAAACAACACAGAGUUAUUAAUAUAGUUUGGAAAAAAACAUAAUAAAGUAAAGCAAACUAAAGUAAACAUUAAACUCUUAUUAAAAACUGCAUCAGGAUGUUAACUAGAGCCAAGCUGUUCAUGGCAAUAUUUUUUGACUUGACACUAAUUUGUGAUCCUGGCGCUUAUUCGCCAUCCACCCAGCAUCUUUAGGGUUUUAACUAGCGCAUUUCCUCCAGCCAACCUUGGAUAUGUUGUAUCCGGGUCUUUAUUGGGAUGCUGUUGUUUGGCACAUGUGACAACCCUUCAAAACAUUGUAUGUGGUUUUGAGUGAGCCUUAUAAACUAAAUAACUGAUUUUGCAAAAUCUUUCCAUAGUAGAAAAAGGGAAUAUUAGACGUGGGUUUCUGAGUGCUAAGGUUCACCCAUGCGUUUUUUUUUUUUUUUUUCUACCGCUUUUCCUCAUGAGGGUCGCGGGGGAUGCUGGAGUCUAUCCCAGCUGUCUUCGGUUGAGAGGCGCGGUACACCCUGGACUGGUGGCCAGCCAAUCACAGGGCACAUAUAGACAAACAACCAUUCACACUCACAUUCAUACCUAUGGACAAUUUAGAGUCGCUAAUUAACCUAGCAUGUUUUUGGAAUGUGGGAGUAAACCCACACAUGCACGGGGAGAACAUGCAAACUCCACACAGAGAUCGCCGAGGGUGGAAUUGAACCCUGGUCUCCUAGCUGUGAGGUCUGUGCGCUAACCACUAGACCACCGUGCCGCCCUGAUUACGGAUUAGAGCUCCAAAAUGGUCUUCGGCGACUGAAUCUGGUUCUUGGGGGUCUCUAGAUUGUGGGCGGGGGGGUUCUCCUUUACCUUUAGAGAAUACCCAACCGGGAGAAGACCCCCAUGGAAUACCGAGGACACUCCAGAGGUUCUCACAGCUAGCCUUGGAACGCCUUGGUGUCCUCCCUGUGGAACUGGACCCUGGAUGUCUGGGUAUGUUACUACCAUCUAAAAGUUCAGAUCCCCUAUAUCCAAUGUCCCACCAUACCGCCAUUUUUGACUUCUUCUCUUCCUAAUAUCAUAUGUGAAAUAAUUGAUUGAGAAACUGUUGCACAAAAUCCUUGAAAUUGACACAAAUACUCUACUAGACAUGUGAUCGAAUAUUUUAACAAUAUUCACUUGUUUAGGACUUGUUUAGGACUUACUUAAUACAGUUUUAACAUUAUUAGAGCCCCCUAUACAAGUAAUGGUAAUGGUUUAAUUUCAUUUGAACAUGCAUCAGAUUACAAUU